AUGAAAUUUUAUGAAAUUCAAUCGUUUUUAUUUUUCGAUAUCGUGCAACCAAUUGAUACCUCGAAAUGGCCAAUUGAUUACUCAGAUCCUCGUCCAAGAUAUUUACGUUAUAUUUUAUCCGCCGCAUAUGCAACUGGAGCGAUUAAUAUGGAUGAAACCAUUCCUGGCGAUGCACUUAUAAUUGGACUUGGCGGGGGAUCUGCCAAUAAUUAUUUGCGACAUGCCACUAAAAAUAUUAAUGUCACUGUUGUCGAGAUCGAUCCGACUAGCGUAGAUUUAGCUAAGACUUAUUUCGGUUUUAAUGAAGAUGAAAGGCAAAGAUGCGUCGUGGAAGACGGUGCUAUAUAUAUUAGAAAAUGUGCGGAAAGAGGUUAA